GACGGGAGGGGCGCGGGAGGCCGGGCUUCCUGGGCCGACGGGCCUCACAGGACCGUGGGGGCUUCCCGUAGGGGACGCCGCGGCCGAAAGUUUGCGCCGAGCCCUCUGACCCCAGCGCUCUGACAGGGCCUCGCCCCGGAGUCGGUGGGGCGCGCCAUGCGCCCUUCCCGCUCCGGGCUCUCUGAUGGCCGGCCCACGGCCACGACCCGAGAGGACCUGGGCUGGGCGAGCCCCUGAGGGGAGGACAGGCGCGGGAAGCAGGCGUCCUCCUGGGCUGGGGUCGCGCGGAACCCGCCGGCCCGGAAACGCACCCGCGCCGCGACGGCCGGAAGCGCCGCUCGGAAGGCGGAAGCGGGUUGCUCCCGCGUGGCCUUGCGGUGGGAGCCGGGUGGCCCGGCCCGCGUAGACCGCCUUCCGCCCCGGGUGCGGGCCUGCCGGGACCACCGGGAGCACGUGAGGUGUAGGACCCCGCGCGCCGUGGCGUGUGCCUGUCAGGAACAAGAGUCUGUGUUAUCGUGAGGAAGAAGAAAAAAAUGUCUCAGAAGCAGAUGAAGGAAGCUUUUGUCAGUAACCACAAUGGAACCAGCGUGCUGGAAAUCACCCAGGGCUUGUGCUUGCCUGCGCUCUGUGUCCUGUGCAGAGGGCUCCUGAUCAUUCUCUCACAGCACUUGUGUUCUUCUUCACAUACCUGGGGAACUCGAUUCUUCAUUGACUUUGUUAUCCUGAUAGUUCCCCUGGUGGCCACGUUGACCAUUUUGUCUUCAUUUGUCCUCCUUGAGCACCUUGCUGUAAUUAUCAUUGGGGCAGGAAUGUUCUAUCAUAUAUACUGCAGGAGAACUUGCUAUGCCAGAAUACCUGUCCAAAAAAUCCUUGAAAAAUUCUUGAAAAUCAGUGUAGAAUCAGAAUACAUUCCAGCUAUCUCUUGUUUUCGUGUAAUUAACAGUGCAUUUACUGCUGUUGCCAUUUUGGCUGUGGACUUUCCACUUUUUCCCAGAAGAUUUGCCAAAACUGAGCUCUAUGGGACAGGAGCAAUGGAUUUUGGAGUAGGAGGCUUUGUUUUUGGUACUGCAAUGGUUUCUCCAGAGGUUAGGAGAAAAUACAUGAAAGGGUCCACAUUUUAUCAUCUUACAAAGUCAUUGUACUCUGUCUGGCCAUUAGUCUUCUUGGGAAUAGGCCGAUUAGUCGUUAUAAAAUCCAUAGAUUAUCAGGAACAUUUAACUGAGUAUGGGGUUCACUGGAACUUUUUCUUUACCUUAAUAGUUGUGAAAUUGAUAACAUCACUACUUUUGAUUAUUUUUCCCCUAAAUAAAUCCUGGAUUGUGGCCAUCAGCAUUACUGUAUUAUACCAGCUAGCCCUUGACUUUACCCCACUGAGAAAGUUAAUUUUGUAUGGCACUGAUGGCAGUGGCACAAGGGUUGGUUUAUUAAAUGCCAACCGAGAAGGAAUAAUCUCUACCUUGGGGUAUGUGGCAAUACACAUGGCUGGUGUACAAACAGGAUCAUAUGUGCUUAAAAAAAGGUCACAUAUCAAAGACUGGAUAAAAGUAGCAUAUUGUAUUCUACUGACAGCUAUUAGCCUCUUCAUAUCUCUUUACAUAGUUCAGGUAAAUGUAGAAGUAGCAUCUCGCAGAAUGGCCAAUUUAGCCUUUUGUAUUUGGAUAGUUGCUUCUAGCCUGAUCCUUCUUAGUAGUUUAUUACUAGUUGAUAUAAUUUUGAGUUUUGCCAAAUUUCUAAUUAAAGGGGCUCAAGUACCAUGUUCUUGGAAACUUAUCCAGUCACCUGCUACAAAUAAAAAGCAUUCAGAAUCUCUAGUCUCUGAAGCUGAAAGAAGGGAACCCAGUCUUUGUCUAAUUACAGCUAUGAACAGAAACCAGUUAAUUUUUUUCUUGCUGUCAAAUGUAACAACUGGCCUGGUCAACCUGUUGGUAGAUACAUUACACAGCAGUACCUUGUGGGCCUUAUUUGUGCUCAAUCUCUAUAUGUUUACCAACUGUUUAGUUAUAUAUGUGCUACACUUGCAAGAUAAGACUAUAAAAUUUUGGUGAUCAGUGGGGGUAGUGUGUAUCUGUUUGAGCAAUAUUAAUGAGGAAGAAUAAAUAUUAAAUGUGAAGAAAUUGGGCUUUUGGCAACCCAGUAUUAACUAUAUCUUAUUAUAAGAGUUUCAAUACUCCUCUAUAACAGUAGUGAUGCUCAAUAUUUUAAUGCGUCUCAGCACUAUAUAAAACAAACCAAUAGAGAAGAAAAAGAGCCUUAUGACUUGUUAGAUAUUUAUUGAAGUAUUUUAAGGAAACUUGUGUUUAUAGUUGUGACACUGGAAGAUUGGAGGGUGGGGAGGAGGAUUUUUACCUUCUACCUUAUACACCUUACACCAUUCUGUACUUCUUUGGUAUGUAUUACUUUUAUAUAUAAUAGGGUACAUUAAAACACCUCAGUGUGAACUGUG